UGGUCUUGGCUUAUUUCUGUUUUACACAUGGAUUUCGGACGUGUGCUGUUUGUCCUUUUGCUCUGCUACUCUGGGACUUGGGCUCAGAUCACACAGAACCCUCAAACAGAGUGCUCUCUGAGUGAGGACCACAGAGCUGAUGUGCUGCUGUUUCUGGAUAGAUUCAACCACAUCAGUUCAGAAGAUUUCUCCAAAGUGAAGGAUUUCCUGGUGGCUCUGGUCCAGAUCCUCGGUGUGGUUGGUCUUGAUUCGGUUCAGAUUGCUCUGGUGAAGUGUGGUGGAAAACCUGAGAUUGAGUUUUACCUGAACACUUAUCACGAUCUGCCCUCUGUGGUCAGUGCAGUGAGGAAGAUCUCACAAAGUCCUGCUUCUCCUGGAGACCUGACCACUGAUGCUGUAGAAUCUGCUGUACAAACAAUUUUCCACACAGUCCAGGGAGACAGACUAAGUGCACCUAAUGUUCUGAUUCUGAUCAGUGACAGGAACUCAUCAGGCAUAAACAGAGACACUGUCAAACAUUUUUGGUCAUUAAGUUCAAAAGUGUUUAUAGUUGGAGUUAAAGGUGCAGAUUACAGUGAGUUAAAGGACAUUGGCAUGGGUCUUGAUAAAACUGAAGUCUACACUGUAGAAGACUUUAGUGGUUUUCCAAACACUUUGAGAGACUUAACUCACUCUUUUUGUCAUUGGAUCAAACAGAUGCUGGCCGAGGAGAGCUCGUGUCUCAUGGACUUUUAG